AUGGAUAAAAGACCAGCCAAAUUCUCCUGUUGGCCCACAACGCGACGGUCAAAAUUGUUAUGCAUCAUCAUCUGCACAGUCACUGUUAUCGCACUCGCGAUCGGAUUAGGUGUUGGAUUAGGCGUCGGCUUGAAGCAUCGUCACCACCCGCCAAAAGUCACCGCGACCGCAUUCUGUUCUAAUGCGGACGGAUCAUUCAGAGUCGCCAAUCUCAGUGUUCCUGUGCAACAACAUCCAGCAGCAAGCUCGCCAUUAUUAACGUCGCCCAGAAAGAAUUAUUUGAAUAUAACAGCAUGGAAUCUCACCGUCGACGACACACCAUCCGGCUACAAACAAGUCGUUGCCGGGUUCGGCGCAACAGUGACAGACGCCACAGUCUCGACAUUCAACUCGCAACCAAACGCGACACAAUACGAUAUCCUUCGGAAACUCGUGACCAGCGCAGGCGCAAAUUUCACAUUAAUGAGACAUACGAUCGGAUCGAGUGAUUUGUCGUCCGAAGCAUAUACAUACGACGAUAAUCGUGGGAAGACAGAUAAUGAUUUAUCGAAUUUCUCGUUGGGGUCGCAGGGGACCGCGAUGGCGCAGUUAUUAGCACAGAUGAAGCAGUUAAAUAACGACAUACAAAUCGUCGGAUCGCCGUGGAGUCCACCGGGAUGGAUGAAGAUUAAUGGAGAGCUUUACGGAAAUACGACUGAUAAUAAUCUAGAUGAUGGGUACGGGAGCAGCCGUGGUCUGGGGAGUACCGGCCAUACUCACGCGUUUGCGCAGUACUUUGUCAAGUAUAUACAGGCGUAUGCGAAUCUGGGGGUGCCUAUCGAUGCGAUCAGCAUUCAGAACGAGCCGCUGAAUAGUCAAGCGGGAUAUCCGACUAUGUAUAUUGAGGCUGAUGAGUCGGGGAAGUUGAUUAAUGAGUACGUUGGGCCGGCGUUGAAAAAUGCGAAUCUGAGUACCACUGUUUGGGCUCUGGAUGAUAAUACAGAUGACGCCGACUAUGCGUACACCGUCAUGGACUAUGCAGCAAACUACAUCGACGCAGUGGCCUGGCACUGCUACGCCUCGAGUCUAAACUGGACAGUUCUGACAGAAUUCCACAACCAAUACCCGAAUAUCAGCCAAUACAUGACCGAAUGCUGGACACCAAACAAUCUCAGCUGGACGCACGUCGUCAAUUUCACAAUGGGACCACUCCAGAACUGGGCAAAUGGUAUUACCGCCUGGACGCUGGGGACGAACGACAACGCCGGUCCUCAUCUCGAUUCAGGCGGUUGCUCGACAUGCGAUGGAAUAGUCAGCGUCAAUAGUACCGGCACCAGGAACAGUGCAAACAGCAACAGCACAGAUUACACAUUCAACUUUUCAUACUAUGUCAUGGCACAAUUCAGCAAAUUCAUUCCGUCCGGUGCACGAAUCUUACAAACUCAGGGCAGCGCAGUGGAUAGUAACGGCGACGGGAUCCAGGCAAUCGCAAGUCUGAAUCCUGAUGGAUCUAGGACGGUGGUGAUUGAGAAUAUGUUUGGGAAUGAUGUUAAUGUAACGGUUUGGUUGGGAAGUGAUGGGUCGGCUUGGAUGGGGAAUGUGCCGAAUUCGAGUGUGACGACGUGGGUUUUACCUUGA